AUAUUCAAAAAGAGCGUCUCUGAGCUGCUGCAUUAAAGUCGGAUAGCGGACCAUGGGGAGAAAAGGAAAAGUUUUAAUUCUGAGAUGUUAGCGCAAUGACUUUUUAGUAACAAUCAUAUGGGACGAGGCUCCCCGGCGUGAGGAGGGCAGGGUGAUUUACAGGAAGAAGCGACACCGACUGCCGGGGCAGGGUGAACGGGACAGCGAGAGAACUUGGGAGAGUUGAGACGAGUGCAACAGUCAGCGGUGGAAAAUCCAGCUUGCGCCUAUUGAUUUGAAAGAUGAGCUUGCUGUCUGCCAUAGAUACGAGCGCCUCCGUGUACCAGCCCGCGCAGCUUCUCAACUGGGUCUAUCUCUCCCUGCAAGACCCCCACCAGACCAGCGCCUUUGACGCGUUCAGACCCGAACCCAACUCUUCCCACACGGAUCUCAGCUUCAGCAAGACUCCCGCAGCGGCGGACCUGAGCACUUCCCUGAACUCCAACUAUCUCAACAACUUUUUCCAGCUGCAGCGCAAUGAGGCCAUAAACAACAACGUUUAUAAGAAUGUAUCUCCCUAUGGAUCGCUGAACAACAUCGUGGAUGGACUCAACUCCCUUACGGACCAUUUCUCAGACCUUUCCCUUUCUUCAGAGCCAAGGAAACCCAACAAAAGACCCCCACCCAACUACCUGUGCCACCUGUGCUUCAACAAGGGCCAUUACAUCAAAGACUGCCCUCAGGCCAGACCCAAGGGGGAAGGACUGACACCCUACCAAGGGAAGAAAAGAUGCUUUGGCGAGUACAAGUGCCCCAAGUGUAAGAGGAAGUGGAUGAGUGGCAACUCCUGGGCCAACAUGGGACAGGAAUGCAUCAAAUGCCACAUCAACGUCUAUCCACACAAACAGCGACCUUUGGAGAAGCCAGAUGGCCUGGAUGUGUCUGACCAGAGUAAAGAGCAUCCACAACACCUGUGUGAGAAAUGUAAAGUCCUGGGCUACUACUGCCGCCGCGUGCAAUAAUCAUCUCUACCCAGAGGGAAAGAACUUUGCCAUCAUAACUCAUGUUAUCUGCCUAUUGACAAGCAGGUCUUCCCUUCUUGUCCACUCUGCUUCCAGACGGUAGCUCUAGUCCUCUCUUUAUUUCUGACACCUUCCUUCUGUAAGAUCAGGAUCAUUCAUCUUGCACGCUUUCCAACAAAUUGUAAAACCAUGUACUAGAAACUGCAUUACUCCAAAUGUAUAUUUAACUCCAGCAAAUUAAUGUAUCGAUGAAUUAGCACCAAGCAUGUAUCGUAUUGGUGUCACUGACGAUAUGUUUAGUGUCAAUACCUCACCUUGGGGUUCGUUGGCUUUGUGUUUACAGAGAUCUGCUUUCCUUUUUCUUGCCAAGUGAAGUAUGCGAUGUGGUGAACAUUUUAGUCAGAGGGCUUCUAGCGAUGGUAAAAUGAAAAAGAAGGCCUUCGACCGCUCGUUUUAGGGGUCAGCAGCACAUCUUACUAACUGUGAAUUAAUUGAGGGAUAAAGUGCCAUACAUCCCGAGCUUACAUUUCACAUAUUUAUUUCCUUUUCUUCUAGUGUGCAAUUUGAAUUUUAACUGGGACAUAU